AUGGCACAAUUUGUACCCCAACCGUGUUUUGGAGGCUGGGGCACCUACAAAUACAUUACUAUUACUGUACCGAUCAAACAUAAUGGAAAUUACAAUUUAUUGCUAAUGCCUAUUUCAUGGGAAAUACCUGAACAUAAAGUCUUACUAUAAUUUCCUCAGAAGCCUUAAUUUUAACCACUACAAUAUACCAGAGUUUGGAUUUAAUGAAAGCAAACUUGUCUUACCCCUCACGGCCUCUAAAAUUCUUAUAAAUCAGUAAUCUAAACCAUCUGUCUGUGUUGUACUGUAUCCGAGCAACCGAGUUUUUCCUACCAACAUGAGAAAGCACAAUACGAAUGAUUUUAAAUAAUACAAAAUUCUAUUUUAUGAAUUUGAAAUACAAUUAAAACGAUCAAUUAAAUGUAAUAGUUCUUUUAAUUACAUCUAUUUUCUACGAGAAUCAAUUAAAUGUAUACCCCUCCGUAUAGCACUUUUAUUUUAAAAAGUUACUAUCAUCCUCUAAGCUGCGAUAUAAAGCAGCUGGGCGGAUGUGACGUAAGGUAACGGACUAGCUUGAGUUCUCAAGAGUACGUUAUUCAAACCACUCACUGCACACAAAUUCAUAUGUGAUUAUAACAAAUGUCCAAAAAUGUAUGAGUACUACAAUCACAUCCCUAGUUCUUACACAUAUUUGGGAAUUUGACUACAACUCGACUCACUUUUAUUUUGAUAGUCAAUGUUUUGUCCCGUAGUGUCUGUCUUCACGCGUUUUAUCCUUCCUGUUGUCAGGCUCUCGCAGAGGGAAGUAUGUCUAGCACUGGGGGUGGGAAGCGCCCCUCAGGAGGGGAUAGUCCCCCUGGCCCUCCUGAAAAAAAGGUGAAAAAAGAGGAGAAGACUACUACCACUCUCAUAGAGCCCAUCCGCAUCGGAGGAGUUUCUUCUACGGAGGAGAUGGACAUGAAGGUCAUUCAGUUCAAGAACAAGAAGCUCUGUGAACGCCUUGAACAGAGACAGGCUUUGGAGGAUGAAUUGAGAGAGAAGAUAGAGAAGCUGGAGAAGAGGCAGGCCACUGAUGACACCACCCUGCUCAUCGUCAACCGUUGCUGGACUCAGCUCGAGGAAAAUAUUCAUGAGCUGCUGCAGCGCGUGGAGCCUAAGGAUGCUCCAGUGCCUGUUCAAACCCCUGCUACCCCACCUGUUCCUGCAGAUGUCCCUGCUCUUGCUGCAGCCACAUCACCAGCUCCUGAACCCUCUGCUCCUUUGCCAGCUACAGGGGAAGGGGAUGACAGCCUCCCUCAGCCUCCACCUACAGCUGAGGAGGUGCAGGAAGUACAGCAACAGUCAGUGCAAGACAAGGAACAAGAGCAAAAACAGCAGCUGCCUGACACUGAGGUGAAGCCACCUGAGGAACCAGUGGAGGAUGGAAUUCCCGCCCCGCCACCUCCACCACCUCUCAGUGAGAAUGCAAAGGCUUUCCUGUCCACUCUGGAUAACAGUAGUGAGGAGGAACUCACUCUGCAGCUGCAGGACAGGAUGCAGUUCAGCAAGGGGGCUGUGGCCUGCAUGGUCUGCAUCUUUGAUCGUCUGCACAGCAGCAUUGAGGAGCUAUGCACUCGAGUGGAAACGACUGUUUGUGAGGAUGACAGUCAGCAAGAGAGAAUUUCCACAAACCACACACUUCUAGAGGCAAAUAAUCGGCUGCAAGACCUUGCUUCCUCCCUUCAGGGGAGGCACCACAAAAUGUCAUUGGAGUAUAAUGAACUAGUUGACAAAGUCACAAGUUCUGAGACUAAAGUGUCUGAGAUGGAAACUGCUGUGGAGGACCUACAGUGGGAUAUAGAGAAACUCCGGAAGAGAGAGCAGAAGCUGAACAAGCACCUAGCAGAAGCUUUGGAGCAGCUUAAUUCAGGUUACCAUGCCACUGGCAGUUCUGGUGGAUUACCAGGGGGUCAGAUCACACUCCCUAUACAGAAGUUUGAGUCUCUUAAUGCAGAGCUUGAGCAGAAUCUAGAGCUUGCCAACAGCCGCAUGGCAGAACUUGAGAAACUGCAGCAAGAGUUACAGGAAGCCGUUCGGGAGAGUGAGAAACUAAAGAUGGAUCUAAGAAAUAUACCAGAGGAAGUGUUGAAGGAGACUCCAGAUUACAAGUGCAUCCAAUCACAAUUCUCUCUGCUGUACAAUGAGUCUCUGAGUGUGAAGACCCAACUGGAUGAAGCCAGAGCCCUGCUGCUCACUGCCAAGAAUGCUCACCUGCGGCAGAUUGAGCACAUGGAGAGUGAUGAGUUGUCUCUUCAGAAAAAGUUGCGCACUGAGGUCAUCCAGUUAGAGGACACUCUGGCCCAGGUGCGCAAGGAAUAUGAAAUGCUACGGAUCGAGUUUGAACAGAAUCUUGCAGCCAAUGAGCAAGCAGGCCCAAUAAACAGAGAAAUGAGACACUUAAUCAGCAGUCUGCAGAACCAUAAUCACCAGCUCAAAGGAGAUGUGCAGAGAUAUAAGAGGAAACUACGUGAGACACAGAUGGAAAUCAACAAGUUGAAGUGCCAGAGUGGGGAUGCAGGUACACUGAUGUUGGAUGAAAGUGUGGGUGAAGGAGGACUGGAGGUUAAGAAAGAGGAAGAUGAAGACCAGGAGGAAAAGGAAGAGAGGAGGAGAGAGCUGGAAAGGCAGCGAGCUCGGGAGAGAGAGAGGGAGGCUGAGAGAGAGAGGGAGAGAGAGAAGGAGCGUGAGAGACAGCGCAGUGAGGAACUCAAGAGGAAGGACUCUGACACACUGAAGAUGCUCAGAGGAGAGUUAAAAAAAGCUCAGGAGUCUCAGAAGGAAAUGAAACUGCUGCUAGACAUGUACAAAUCAGCCCCAAAAGAGCAGCGGGACAAAGUGCAGCUCAUGGCAGCAGAGAAGAAGUCCAAAGCAGAGGUGGAGGAGUUGAGGCAGCGAGUGCGGGAACUGGAGGAGAGGGAAAGGAAGGAGAGCAAAAAGCUUGCAGAUGAAGAUGCUCUCCGUAAGAUCCGUGUCGCUGAAGAGACCAUUGAACACUUGCAGAAAAAGCUGGCUGCUACUAAACAGGAGGAAGAGGCUCUGCUGAGUGAGAUGGAUGUGACGGGACAGGCGUUUGAAGACAUGCAGGAACAGAACAGCAGGCUCAUGCAGCAGCUUCGAGAGAAAGACGAUGCCAACUUCAAACUGAUGAGUGAGAGAAUCAAAUCCAACCAAAUUUACAAGCUUCUGCGGGAGGAGAAAGAGGAGCUGGCGGAUCAGGUGCUCACUUUCAAAACCCAGGUGGAUGCACAGCUGCUGGUAGUGCAGAAGCUGGAAGAGAAGGAAGGUGUCCUGCAGAGUUCACUAGCUGGUCUGGAGAAAGAGUUGACAGUGCGCACUCAAGCACUAGAACUCAACAAGCGCAAGGCAGUGGAGGCGGCCCAGUUGGCAGAGGACCUUAAAGUGCAGCUGGAGCACACUCAGACCAAGCUGAGGGAGAUCCAAGCCUCUGUGCUGGACAACCGCACUGCCCGUGAGAGGGAGAGUGUCAACCUCAAGAAAGCACAGGAGGACUUGUCCAGACUGCGGCGUAAGCUGGAAAAACAGAAGAAAGUGGAGGUGUAUACAGAUGCUGAUGAGAUUCUUCAAGAAGAAAUUAAUCAGUAUAAGGCUAAAUUACGUUGUCCCUGUUGUAACACCCGGGAUAAGGAGACCGUGCUCACCAAGUGUUUCCAUGUCUUCUGCUAUGAAUGCUUGAAGACGCGUUACGACACUCGCCAGAGGAAGUGCCCCAAAUGCAAUGCUGCAUUCGGUGCAAAUGACUUUCACCGCAUCUACAUCACCUAAUUUUAUGUGGACAGUUUGAUGGACUAAAAACCAUAGAUGAGAAAAGAAGGGAUGAGAGUGUACUCAUAAGAACAUGGCAACCAUGCUGUGGUGUUUUAAUAUGCUCUAAAGGGCCACUUUCACUCUCAACUGUAAUAGGUGGCGCUAGUGACCAAACAGACAGCGACAGAGUGGAAACAGUUGUGAUGUAUUAAUGAAGUAGUCAUGGUCUAUAGCACGCAAGCAGUGCCCUUCAUUGCAGAAGAAUCCUUUAAGUCCUGUCUCACUUUUCCUGUGUUCUUUAAAGUUCUACAACUAAUUUUUUUUUACAUAAAUGUUUUCUGGAGAUGUUUUUCAUUCACCAUAAAAUGAGCAAAGACAUGUAUCUGCUCAGAUUUCUAAAUUUCAUAAAUAUCAGAACAGAAACCGUUUUGUUUUGACAAUUCUAGACCUAUUGAGUCAUACAGUAACUCUAUCCAGUAAUGCUCAGAGCAAGUUUCUAUGGUGAAAUUCUGUGUUACUGAACCCCUUAAAGUUCUGAUGAACAGAUGUGAAUGGAUACAUGGUGGAAAGACGAGAGCUGCAGAAUUAGAUGCAUAGAUGUUGCAAUGAUUUUUAAAGACGAAGGGGAAAAAAUGUGAUCAACUCUGGAGUCCAAAGUCAUGUAGCUGUUUUCAGAGCUAGAAAUAACAGACAUUUUCAAAUUUGUUUAAAAGAUAAACUGUUUUAGCUGAGUUAACUGAAGACAGGGAUCACACUAUAUGUGUUGAUAACGCAUAUCGCCAAGAAUACAAGGUCAAUAACUAUAGCAGUUUUACUCAAAUAAAUCUGAUAAAUGCAUUUACACAAAUGAAUUAUGCUUUCUGCUUUGAAUUCAACAAAGACAAAGCAUUUGUUUCCCCACAUGUCUAGUGUUUGUUAAAGAAAAAAAAAAAGAUUUUGCAUUGAAUAUUGGUUUUACUGACUUCUUGUUGUUGUACUAAAUGCAAAAGGAUGAUUUAAAUUCGCAACUAAACUUUCAAAGUGUAAAGCCUUAAAUAUUAGUCAUUAUACUGUCUGCCAAUACAAUCUUGAGAAACUCCACAUUGUGACAUGUGUGUA